CAAAGUCCGGUCUUACUUAUAGCCACAGGAGAGACAGCAAAAGAGAAUUCCUGUGGAGGCUGCUCCACACAGAAACACAGAGAUGACUUCUGUUCUCCAGCCUCGAGAAUGCAAAGUGACCAAAAACACCCAAAAGAGCUACGGAUUCUACCUGCGUGUUGAGAAAGACACAGCAGGGCAUCUCAUCCGGAAUGUGGAAAAGAACAGUCCAGCUGAAAAGGCUGGCUUGAAGGAUGGAGACAGAGUCCUCAGGGUUAAUGGUGUGUUUGUAGACAAGAAGGAGCACUCACAGGUGGUGGAGAUUGUCAAAACCAGCGGGAAUUCUGUUGUGCUUCUUGUUCUGGAUGGCACAUCCUAUCAAAAGGCAGAAAAGGAAGGAGUGAAUUUUGAAGAGCUGGGUCAAAAAGUAUCAUCAGGACAGCAGGAGGAGCAGCAGUCAGCACCGCCCAUGGCCAAUGGAGCAAUCACGGCAGUUCCACAACCCCGGCUCUGCUACCUAGUGAAGGAGGAGAAAGGCUACGGCUUCUCUCUGAAAACCACAGAAGGACAGAAGGGUUUAUUCAUAGUAGAGCUUUUACCACAAGGAGCAGCUGCAAAGGCUGGUGUCCAAAAUAACGAUCGCCUGAUUGAAAUCAACGGAAAAAAUGUGGAAAAUGACACACAUGGGGAAGUGGUGGAAAAGGUAAAGAAGUCUGAGAAUCAUGUUAUGUUUCUACUUUCAAAUGAAGAAACAGACCGCUAUUAUGCAAGCCAGAAGAUGGUACUGAGCAAAGAAAGUGCCAACCUAAGGCUGCUUCCUCUCAAACCACGACUUACUGAGAUCCAGAAAGGAAAAAAUGGCUAUGGCUUUUAUCUACGGAUGGAAAAAAAUACUUGCGAUCACAUAAUCAAGGAUGUUGAUUCUGGCAGCCCAGCAGCCACGGCCGGUCUCAAAGACAAUGAUAUCUUAGUAGCUGUCAAUGGCGAGAAAGUGGAUGGUCUGGAUCAUGACAGUGUAGUUGAAAAAAUAAAGCAGUCUGAGGCAAAAACCACCCUGUUGGUAGUGGAUAAGGAAACUGACACCAUGUAUAAACUGGCUCAAAUUUCCCCCUUCUCAUACUACUACAAGGCACAAGAUGCAGCUCUGGCUAAAAUGGAGGAAAGAGUGGAAUUGCAUACUGAGCAGAAAGUGAACCACAAACCAAGAAUCUGCAGGAUGGUGAAAGGGCCUAGUGGAUUUGGCUUCAGUUUAAACAUGAUCAAGAACAAACCUGGACUGUUCAUCAAUGAGGUACAAAACCAUGGGCCAGCUGACACAGCAGGUGUAGAAAAUAAUGACUAUUUGGUGGAAGUGAACGGGGUGAAUGUGACCAAUGAACCCUAUGACAAAGUGGUGGCAAGAAUCAAAGACAGUGGUGACAGACUAACGCUACUGGUGUGCAGCAAAGAAGCUUACAAAUACUUUCAGAGCCAGAACAUUCCCGUCACAGCCUCUAUGGCAGAUCCAGCGUAUGACACUUCUGAACCUCCUGCUUAUACAGAAAACCAUCCAUCAGAGCCAGGCAAAAACUCACCUGAACCAAGGGAAAGGACAAGUUCAUCCUCCUCUUCACAAUCAGAUGCCUCUAAGGGAGCAGACAGAGACAACAAUGAUGACACACAGUUGUGAGGAGACAAACUAUACCAAGAACAAAAAAAAAAAAAUAAACCUCCCAAACCCUCUUUCUCCGAUCACUCUUUGCUACCACACCUCCCAGAAUUUGACUAUUCCUAGGAGUGCCAUUCCUGCAAAGGACUGCAAUCUCUUGCAGAAAUGCAGCUGCCUGACAUAAACACUUCAGUAUAACUUGCAUUCAUUUAACUCACUGCCAUUGUACUUCAUUGGCUUUCUGCCUUGUAAAGCAGGCAGUUAGUCACUUCUGUAAAGGCUUAAAUAACUAGAAGUAUUUAAUUAAAUAUACUGCAGAAGAAGGCAGAAAUGUUUUAUAGAUCCGUAAGCAUCUUAGCCUUUUAAGGAUAAGCUCUUAAUAAAGAGCAACUGAUUUAUCCCCAUCUCCCAGAAGAGACAGUUCUCCCCCUCACUCAAGCUCAUCAACUCAAUCUUUGUGGCAACUCUCCUAUGAUAUACUUAGAGCAGUACACCUGCUGUGAAAUGGCAGAAGCCAAUGUACUCUGUGCAUUACACACCUUUCUCCUGCUAACACUGCAGAAAUUUCUUUGAAACAUAAAGCUAAAUUCUAAGUCAUAACUCAAGGUAUUUAAGCACUGUUCUCUCUCCUCUGCAUACAGUUGCAGAUCAUGGUAGUUAGACUAGUAUACAUAACUCAGUGAUGCAAGUUUGUCUGAUUCCAAGUCAACACCACAUUGUCUUGAAUGUGAAAUAAAUGGCUCUGUAAUACUGCUGCUGUAUACUGUGCUUGCUUGCUGUACACUGAAGACAACACAGAAAUAAACUGUUUAGAAUGACUAUUCCCCACCCAAGUCUUACUCUGACCACCUAUAAUUCAAGUUCCAGAAAAAUUUUAAAACAAACAAACCCUAGAAGAGUAGCUAUGGGAAGCUACAAGUAAGUCCCAUGAAUAAAAUUUACUUUUAUGGCUUGAAUUACAUCAAGCAAGGGAAAUGGUCUACUGUAGAAAAAUAAAAAUACACAGGUUGUGGGUAACACCAAAUGUACAGCAUGCAGGGUAAAGAAAUUUGUACUGCAUAAGGUAAACAACACAUAGUUGUGGUCUUCGACUUCACACUGAACUCCAGCAAAGAGGAAUCAAAAAGCUCAGUUCCAUUAAUGCAGGGAGAGAAAACAAAAGUUGAGACUCUGCUAUAGUGUGGAGUCCUACAUGACUAGUUGCACAAGUAGCUGAAGGAGAAGGUGAAUUGAGUCAGUUUGCAGAGGUAAAAGCCAUCCAGCUGACAUUGGGCUGCUAGACUCCACUCCUGUUGUUAACUGAUACAACAGAAGAGGAUCAGUUUGUGCUGAAGCUUUCAAUUCAGAUGAAGAGGAAGACAACACAGAGCAAAGGCAGCAGCUGUCUCAGGUCCUUGAUGCCAUGUUGAGAAGAAGGUGAAACCUCAGGAACACGCGAUUGACCAAGGAGAUGAUGGAGACACCUCCUGUGUCAUUGAGCAGGGCUUGUACGAUAGUGUUGUAGCAAAAGACAACCUGUCACGUUGUAUGGGCCACUAUGAUAAUCACGGCAGUUUUGGGGAACUAGCAUUGAUGUAUGAUAGUGCUCAAGCUGCCACCAUUGUUGCCACAACAGAAGGAACCCCUUGGGGACCGGAUCAAGUGACAUUCAGAAGAAUUCUGUUGAAAAGCAAUGCAAAGGAGAGGAAGACCUACGAAUAAUUUCUUGAGUCCAUGCCCCUUCUGUCCUGGAUUGAGCCAGGAUGACGCCCAUUUUCCCUUUACUGACUUUUUUUUUUUCUUCAGUAAGCUUUCUUUUAACUCAUAGCAGAGUGUUCCAACUAAGACCGGUAAUGGUGAAAUGUUUUUCUAACUGCUGGGUCCUCAAGGUUGCACCUUCACUCUGCCGGCUCAGACACUACGGGGAGAUCUAUGACUCCCCCAUAGGCGGCUGAGUUAGACAGACAGCAAAACUGGCCAGAGAUAUUCCAUUCCAUAUAUCUACAUAAGCUCAAAGGAAGGUCAGAGAUCACAAAAGAAUUUCCUUCCUGCUUCUUCUUCCCUUCUCUUCUGUCCAUGGCCGGCAUCCAGGGAGGACUCCGUCCAUCCAUCAUCGUUGACCCCCAGGCUGUGCAUCUCCUGACCCUCAUCACUCUGCUCUCUCUCCAGCAGCAGUCUGGAAAUUUUGGGACUGUUUGCAGCUAAGGAGAGUGCUGUGGGAGUUGCUUGGGGGUGAGGGGAGGCAAUAGGGGCUUUGUACAUUUCCUGAACAUAUCUGUAUAUAAUUGUAUAUAUUUUCUUUUAUCAUUGGUGUUUAAUUAAAGCUGUGUAGUUUAGUUUUCAA